UAUAUGCCUCAGGCUGUGCCAGGCUCACCUGGAGGGGAACAGGGCAUUCUCCAUGACUACACAGUCAUCAGGCAGAAUGUUCUCACGGACAACUUCCUGAUGGAAACCACUGGACUUCAAUUGUACUCUGUAAACCAGCGGGUCCUGACUCAGUGGUACCAUCAGAGGGGGAAGCAGCUGGAGCUGACUUUGCUUAAACAGAUCACAGCUGCCACGAUCAUGCCCAUGGAGGCCCCAGACCAGCUGCACCCACCCGGGCAGCUGCUGGAGGCUGCACUGAAGCCUCCUGUCCGACCCCUGGUCUACAAGGACCCUGAGGACACAGCAGGUCAGGGCAUCAGGCCACAGAGCCAGGGGACCGGCCGCCCCUACCUCCAUCUGCCUCAGCCACCAUCUGCACCAGCAGCACCUCCACCAUCAGCACCAUCACCAGCAACACCAUCAGCAGUCCUCCUCCUCCUCUCACUCCUCACUACUACAUCGUUGCCCCUCCACCCCUACCUGUCCCACCCCUACGGUUCAUUCUUCCCUCCAUUCAGCCCACCCCUGUUUCGACCCGUUUCUGUUCCUGUUUGUUUGCCACCACCAUCUCAGCCCGUCUAUGUCCCCCCCAUCACGGCUCGGAGACGGGAACAGAAGGAGAAGGAGAGGAGAGAGGCAGAGAGACAGGGACUGCCAAUAAAGAACAGGCCAAACUUCACUGUUAGGUGCAGCCACUGCGGCCUCCCUAGCAACAUUAUUUACAAUCAUGGUCGCAAAAAGGACAGAAGCUAG